AUGUUGAACGCCGUAGCCCAAGAUUUCAGGGAGCAUCCCGACUCGGUGGAGCUUCCCUGGGGCGAGAAUCAGGACGCGCACGCGGGCGCGAGACGAGAUUUGCUAUUUUCGAGCUUCUACACUACAUCCUGGACCACAAGACUGUGGAGCACCAAAUAUAAGCAGAAUGAUGCGGGAAAUCACGACGGCAAGGCGGACAAUACGCACUUCUCGUGUCUGGUCAUAUAUCUCGACAAACGCUUCCUCAUGAGCUCGGCCCUUGUUCCUGAACGAGGGAGGUUUUCAGCGACCCCGGCCCAGCAAAAAUUGCGUCGCCUCACAUCCGAGGACACAGCGGAGACCACGGAAAUGGUUAAAUAG